UGCGUGAUAAAAUGAGGAAAUGGAGGGAAGAAAACUACCGAAACAGUGAACAGAUAGUGGAUGUUGGAGAAGAGUUAAUUAAUGAAUAUGCAUCUAAACUUGGAGAUGAUAUUUUGUCUUCAGGAGCUAAGGCGUCAGUUUCCUGGGAGCCACAGAGUUAAAAGAUUAACUGGAAUGAGAUUUGAAGCUAUGGAAAGGUAUGAUGAUGCUAUCCAGUUAUACGAUAGAAUUUUACAAGAGGAUUCAACUAACACAGCAGCAAGAAAGCGUAAGAUUGCCAUUCGAAAAGCCCAGGGGAAAAAUCUUGAGGCCAUCCGAGAGCUGAAUGAAUAUCUGGAACAAUUUGUUGGAGACCAAGAAGCUUGGCAUGAACUUGCAGAACUUUACAUCAAUGAACAUGACUAUGCAAAGGCAGCCUUCUGCUUGGAGGAGCUUAUGAUGACUAAUCCACACAACCACUUAUAUUGUCAGCAAUAUGCUGAAGUUAAAUACACUCAAGGGGGGCUUGAAAACCUUGAGCUAUCAAGAAAGUAUUUUGCACAAGCACUGAAGCUUAACAACAGAAAUAUGAGAGCUUUGUUUGGACUUUACAUGUCUGCCAGCCAUAUUGCUUCCAAUCCAAAAGCAAGCGCAAAAAUGAAAAAAGAUAAUAUGAAGUAUGCCAGCUGGGCAGCUAACCAAAUAAAUAGAGCAUACCAGUUUGCAGGUCGCAGUAAGAAAGAAACUAAAUACUCUCUGAAGGCAGUGGAAGACAUGUUGGAGACCCUGCAAAUCACUCAGUCUUAGGUUGGCACAGAGAUCCAAUAUUAAAUUUUUCAAUUCCAUGCAACUUGUAACGACCUCUGGGUUAUGUUACUCUAGUGCUGUUAAAGUUAAUUUUGUAUUGAUUAAUGUGCUACCUAAAUAAUGUUUUAUGAAAAAUAAAAUACCUAUUUAUUGCUGCUAUGAGAAGUGUGAUGAAUACUCACUGAAAUUAAUAACUUAUCCACAUAGACAGUGACAUGUGCUGCACAUCAGUCUCUUCAAAAUUUUGUAUCUGUAGUACCUGCUUUUAAGCCAUAAUUUGUAGAAAUAAACUUGGUAAAUGAUUAAAAAACAUACAGUGAUUUAUUGGACUUUCAAAUGGAAAUGAUGGAUGUAUAUAUGUAGAUGAAUAAUGUGUGUUAGAAAUUUUUAUCUUAUUUGUAAAUAUAAGAGUAAAAGCAUGCUACAGAGGUACACUUUCUGGUAAACAUUUACCGUACAGCAAAGAGUGGUUAUGAAUACACUUUGUUAGAGAAAAAAGCUGAUGUUAUUUUUAUUAAUGGGUGAUAUCCAGUAUUGUAGAAAUGGAGAAAACUUUUUUGUGUGCUUUGCUUCAGAGGUGCUCUUAUACUGACUCAAGGCCAAAGACGUUCUUCUGUGUGGCUUUGUGGGCAAAUGCUUCCAUGUCCCCAGUUCUCCAGUCAGUAGAUGCAUAUGCACUCUAUUUUAUUCCUUCUCUGUAUCCUUUGUUGUACAUAAGUUCCAUAUCAUGAAUUUCAGAAGCAUCUGAGUGCAUGCUAGCCUGUACUAAUUUUGUACCUAUGGUAUGGGUACCCCUUCACUGUGAUCUAAACUACGGUAUAUUAGCUUCUCCACAGUAACCAAGUGUUACUGCAUUGUAAGGACCAGAUAGCUUGUUCAAUUUCCUUGUACUUACUGUAGGAUAAAAGUGGUUUUACAUCAUUAGCGUGAAGCAUAUAGCACACUGUAAAUCAAUAUUUUAUUUCUCUUUUAGGCACUUGUUUAUUUACUCAGAUAAUUAGUCAAGCAUCCUAAUUCAUGCAUUUUGCAGUUCUGAUCAUUCUGGAUGUUGUCCAGGUGUGUACUGUGGCAAUUCAGUUGCACAGCUAUCAUUUCAUUUGUUCCAGCUUCAGUAAGAUUGCAUAACAGCAGAAACAUACCCUUGACAAAUUUGAAUAAAAAUAUUGCAAUGUCAUUUUUAUGUACUGUUAACCACCAUCCAACCUGGGUUUGAGUUUCAUAUUUUAUACUGCCUACUCUAUAUAGAUGGGUAGGUUAAAGGCUGUGUAUUAAAAUGCCCUUUUUAUGACCCUGGAUUUGAUGUAAUAAACCAAAGCUGAGCUCUUGCUUAAAAACAAAGCAUCAAGAACUUUCCUUGUGAGUUCAAAGCUUGAAAAUGUAUAUAACUGAACUGGCUGUUGCAUAAGACUGUGCCUUUAGGAAACAUGUAAAAUCUCAUUCCCAUUAUCCAUGAAUUAGGUUGGAGUAUGAUAGUGUGCUAUGCCAUGAGAAUUAAUUCUAUGUGGAAUCUUAACUUAAUUCAGUACUGUUGAAAUAUAAAACUGCAAAUACUGCGUAGUGUUCCAUUAAAUCACCCAAUUCUAACUUGGAAAUACUGAAGAUCCUUUUAUAGUAGUAAUGUACAAACUGGCCUCAGAACAGUAUUUUAAGAUAAAUUACUUAUAUUUCAGGUGAAAAACCUAGAAAAUGUCAUAGAUGAACCUAUGUAUUUCUGUUUGGAUUUAUAGUCUUUUACUGUAUGAGUGUGCCAUCUAGAGUUUUAAACCCUCAUUAGUCUUUUUUUUAAAUUUUACCUGCAUCUCAGAUAACUUCGUUGCUAAUUGGUUGCUUCAUCGUUAAUUCUUAAAAUUAAAAAUGGUGGGAAGCUGUAUGAUUGAGUAAAAUUACUUAGCGGUCCAUAACAUUUUACCUUCAAGGUAUUAAAAAACUUUAGUACAGUAUUCUUGUGCAACAGGCGUCUAUGCUGCUGGAAAUUGUUAUAUAUAAUGCUUUAUUCAGGGAUCACUUUUAACAUAACAUCAGACUCGGGCAUAUAGUAUAUCAGUUUCUCUGUAAGGACUUCUGUAUUUUGUUUUCAGUGAUUUGAUGACAAAUUUCAUCUAAUUUGGCUGCUUAGAACCUUCUGGUUUUCACUACUGCUUAGCAUCUUUUCAAAAUUACUAUUUAGCACUCUGAUUUGUGCUUGUAUUUUGGCAUAAUUCCCACAUAGUAGAGUUUACAAAUUUACCUAGCAAAUAAUUGUGACAAAUUUGUAUUUACUUCAAAGAUAAAAUAAAUUACUCCUGUGAAAAUGCAUGGACAGUCUUUGAUAGAACUAUUGAAUUGCAGCAAUGGAAAUUUGGGGGGUUUUCCAUAAUCAAAUGAAAAAAUAAAGUUAAGAAAUCAUGUGUCUGCAGAAGUAACUGUAUUAAAUGCCCUGCACUCUCAGCAAGCAAAGAUCACAGAAGAGAAGCUGUCAUAUAAUGUGAUCUUUAUAAAAGUAAUUUUCCAGUUCUAGUAAAUGAUUUUGUAAUGUUGUCACUGACGCUGUCUUGCAUUAAAGAGUAGCUUUUCAAAGAACGGCUUACUUCGUUAACAAAUGAACUCAAUUUUCUGUAUUGUGCUCUGGCAGUGACAAAUGCUACACAAAAAUAUUAUCAAGCAUGCAGUCUUUCUCCAAAAUGACAGGCUAUGUUUUUAUGUUGUUUCAGUCAACAGCAAAAACUUGAGACAUUUGCAAUGCCAAACUGUGUAGCGAUAACUUGUGUCUUUAUUUUUUGCAGCCAUAUUUGGUACUAGGCUUGAUAGGGAGAGCUUAGUGUUAUCUGUUGAAGUAAAGGUCAUUGAAGAGCCAGCAAAACCUCCAAUUCUGCCUUUGUAAUGUAAGUUACUGGUGACUUCUUAAAAACCUUUUGUCCAAAUGUUACACAAUUCAUAUUCUGUAGCUGCAAAAAGCACAUCUUGUUUAGAAUAUAUCCCUAAAUCUCUUCAGUUCAGUGCCCAGAAUAUCUUGCAGUUGUUAUUGGAAACUCUGUUAUUGGUCAACGGCGGACUUCCUCUUGGCAGCGCUGUAUUUGUGAUGGCAUCCAUGUUUGCUAGUCACUGCAUUUACAGUGGAACUUGUAUUUCAGCCAGCUUUAGAAGGGAGGGGAAAAGGAAAGCAAAUUAAACUUGACUUACUGGCAUGAAUUUGUUAGCUUCUUGUUACUUGCACCCUCAUCUUCCAAGAACACCAACUGUAGCUGUAGUCAGGUUUGCAAUAAUAAUUCUUGUAACUCAAGAGCUUCAAUAUAUUCAGCUCUGAAACCAACACUCCAUUAAAAUCUAAACCAUACAGAUUGCAGUGAAACAGUGCCAUGCAAUCUGCACGUACCCCAGUAUGCAGGGAGAGGACAGGUCUCCCACCCUCCUUCAAGUUGGUGUCAGAGUGGAGGAGUGUUAGAACAGUUCUUGUAUGUGGCUUUGUCUAGGAAACGAAUACUAUAAAUGUCUUGAAAUACUGCUU